CAGCCGUGACCUCUGAGCACUUUCCUGCAGGAAACAACAACAGAUGCCACAACAAAGACAGCUGAGGUUUUCUCUACCCCCACACCCUAAGCCUCUUAAAGUCUGACUGCAGCCGUCCUGCAGGAAUGCUUGGCUCUCUUCGCUGAUUGUUUAAUCCUUCCAUGGAAAAGGUGAGCUUCUCUGUGGAUAUCACAGGUUUGUCUCGGUGCCAGGACGACCCCGACACCUCUGAGGGCAUGGAGGAGCUUUUGUUACAGAGCAGCGAGGAGGAGACCUGCUCCAACCAGAGUCCUUUCACUCCAGGAGCCACAGGGAGGACUGCGGUGGACCAGGUCAAGGCCUACCUGAUGGACAGGAUAAGGAGGGUCCGCUGGAGGAACGUGAGGGACUUCUGCAAAAGGAAUGGGCUGCUGACCCUGUCAGUUAUUGCUGUGAUUACUGGCUGUACGUUGGGCUUCAUGCUGAGAGGAACGGAGCUGUCAACACAGGCUAAGAUCUACUUCUCUUUCCCUGGUGAGCUCCUGAUGAGGAUGCUAAAGAUGCUCAUCCUUCCUCUCAUCACAUCCAGCUUGAUGUCUGGUCUGUCUUCCAUGGAGUCCAAGGCGUGCUGCAGGAUGGGCGUCCUCACUGUCACCUACUACCUGUGGACCACCUUCAUCGCCGUCGUGGUCGGCAUCAUGCUGGUCCUCAUCAUCCAGCCUGGAGCAGGGACAGACAUGGAGAGUAACCGUCUGGGUGGAGGACCGGUCAUGACCUCAGCAGACGCCCUGCUUGACCUGAUCAGAAACAUGGUGCCAUCCAACCUGAUCGAAGCCACGUUCCAGCAGUACAAAACAGACCUGAUCCCCAUACUCAGAGUUCCAACCCGAACCAUCACAACUAACUUUAUUUACGUGGUGCCCGACGACAGCGACCCCAAAGGACGCACAGUCUACCUGGAGCUGACUCCGCCCCCAGACGUCAUAUACAAGACGAGUCCUGGCAGCAGCCAGCAGAUGAAUGUCCUUGGGAUUGUCAUCUUCUCUGCCACCAUGGGUCUGCUGCUUGGCAGGAUGGGGGAGCGUGGAUUACCGCUGGUCAACGUCUGUCAAUGCAUCAAUGAGUGUGUGAUGAAGAUCAUCAAUGCCGCUGUAUGGUACUUCCCGUUCGGGAUCAUCUUCUUGGUCGCAGGGAAGAUCUUGGACAUGCAGGACCCGAGCACGCUGGGGAAGAAACUGGGCUGGUAUGGCAUCACCGUCCUCACUGGCCUCUUCGUCCACGGCCUCAUCCUUCUCCCACUUUUCUUCUUUCUCCUCACCAAGAAGAAUCCCUUCACUUACAUCCGGGGGCUGCUACAAGCCCUGGUCAUUGCGCUUGCCACCUCCUCCAGCUCUGCUACCCUACCCAUCACCAUGAAGUGCCUGCUGGAGAACUGUAACGUUGACCGGCAGAUCGCUCGCUUUGUCCUGCCUGUAGGAGCCACCAUCAACAUGGAUGGCACAGCACUGUACGAGGCUGUGGCAGCCAUCUUUAUUGCUCAAGUCAACGAUUACGAGCUGGACUUUGGCCAGUUGGUCACCAUCAGUAUCACAGCCACAGCUGCUAGCAUUGGAGCGGCUGGGAUCCCUCAGGCCGGACUGGUUACCAUGGUGAUUGUGCUCACCUCUGUUGGUUUGCCUCCUGAUGACAUCACAUUGAUUGUGGCUAUUGAUUGGGUCCUUGACAGAUUUCGGACCAUGAUCAAUGUCCUUGGAGAUGCUCUGGCUGCCGGGAUCAUUGCACACCUGUGUCGAAAAGACUUUCCACUAAAUGAAACAGGAAAGUCGGUGCCAUCUUAUGGGACACAGAACCCUCACACUAACUCCUACAGCAUCAACAUUCCCAUGACAGAGAUCCAUACCCACAAAGACGGCAUCUUGGAGACAACAUGCGACUCUAUCGGCCCGAGCCAGGCGCACACCGUCUACUAUAACAUCUGCCAAGUGUGA